UCUUCCUGCAUAAAGGUUCCUACAUGUGAUCUGUGCUUCACUGAUAGACACACAUUCACUCACUGCACCAGCACUGGACUUACAGCACCAUGGAUCUCCUCAGACCCUCACCCUGCCUAAGACCAGUGUGGAGAGCCCCUUUCUGGGUAACCUGCCUGGUUUUGAUGUUUAGUGGCCUGCAUGCCCUCAUUCCAAAUGGACAGAAGGACAAUUUGGUCAGGACAACACUCCCCGUCCUCCCAGGAGUCCAAACCACACCGCUAACCACAAUAAGUGGCAGCUUAGAAACGUCGUCAUCUGGUGGCAACUUGGAAACGUCAUCAUUUCGUUGUGGGAAUGCAAGUUGUAAUAAUUAUUGUAAUUUAUGCGUGGAGUACCACCUGCCAAGGACUAAGUGCUAUGAAGCUCUCAUAAUCGAACUUUGUACAGCUGACUUUAUGAGAGAAAUGAGUGCUAUGAACAGCUCUAGCUGGUGCAUGUGGGACAAAGUUAAAAGUCCCUACAACUCACUGACCCAAUGUACAGAGCAUAUAGCAGACUGCCUGUUGCUUCCCUGGCCCAACAAGCUGGUGGAGCAGAUCUUUGUUGACAUACACACCUCCUACUUCCAGGAAUGCCCCACAGAGACACUGAGGGACCCUCCCCCCAAUGUUAUCUUUGCCCUCGUCAUGACGCCUAUAUGCCUGAUCCCGGCCAUGGUGGUCCUUGUGGUUCUGAAGACGAAAAAUGGGGACAGGCGGUCCUAAUGGGUGAGGUGCCCCUCAUUAGCUCAGUAACCUCCCACGAAUGCUCUGAGGAACCUGCCCCUAUGGAGGACUGGGGCUCAUUCGCUUACUGUGUGCCAAUGAUCUGGAGGCAAAAAUGGACCAAGGACAGGCUGAGACAGGAUUAUGUCAGGCAUUACGUUUAAAUGAUUACAUCUCCAUUCCAGCUGCAUAAAGGCUUCUUUGGAGUGAUUCCACGUUUGGAUCCUUAAAUCUGUGGUUCUCGAAAUGGUCCUCAGGGACCCCCUCAAACAGUCCAUAUGUUUGCUCUGCCUUUAUGCCUUGCAACUAAGGUUGGAGCAAAAAUGUGGACCAUCUGAGGGUUCCUGAAAACUAGAGGACCACUGCCCUAAAAACCCUUUCAAUGGAUGUUUCAUUCUACCACUUUUCAAUCUAACCUCUAUUUGCUGCAUUUUUUUGGCAUACGGUCAAUUUAGGCAGUAGUUUAGAUAUUUUUCUCCAAGAACAGAAAAUCUUUGACUCAUUUUAACUAUCACUAUUAUAAAUUGGCCUUUUGCAUCAAUUACUUUAUGGGUUCCCUGUUGUUUUCCCUACAUACAGCGUCCCAAAUCUAUCUAAAUUAUUGUCUGGGGUAAGUGACUGUACACUACAGAUGCAGACACUGGAGUAUUCUUUAAAGAACCAUUCACUGAAAAAGUUCUUUAGGGAACCAAAGGUGGUUAUUUUUGACAUCUCUCCACUGAACCCUGUUGGCACCUUUAUUUUCAAUCUCGCAUCCAACUAGCUUGACCAAAGUCUCCUUUGCCCAUUAUUCUUAAAACCCAAGCUUCCCUCUUCUACAUAGUUUUGAGCCAAUAAUUUAUUAUGUUCAUGAUUUCUGUAACAUACCACAGACAGAUGUAACAUAUCACAGUCAUAUUCAGUAAUGAUUAAUGCAGUAUUGUUUCUUCUUGAUCAUGUGUUUUGUCAGCAAUUUCAGACACCUUGAGUUAUGUGUCGUUAACACAUCUGCCAGCUUUGUCUGUCAUGCUCACUAUUGCAAAAAGAAACUCCGCUCUCAUUUGCUCUCUUACAUAUGCAAAUGCUGAUAUUAAGCGGGACGGCCUGUGUGGUUUCAGGUCCAUAGAGACUCCACACGCAGCUCACUCUAUGUACUGUAACGUUUAUUUUCUCUAUCAGCAUUUUAAUGUAAAUUUGAAUGACAGUCAAUUGACAAAAGCUAUCCGGCUAGCUUGAUAUGCUUAUACUAAAAACUUAAUGUGUAUUUCUAUUAUGACUCGAGUCAUAAAAACUGACUCAAAAUUGUGAUAUGACGACUAGGAGAGAAUUUUAUCCACAAUUUUUCUUCAUAUUUGCCUCACCAAUACAACAGAGAAGAAAAAAGAGAAAGUGUUUUGAACCGUUAUAAUGCAUGCUGGAAAUGAAUGCUUCAUGUGUUAGAAAGGAAACAGCCAAAAGGACUUUAUUUCAGUCAAGCUGGAUGAAAUUUUAUAAACUAAUGCAAAUGUAUUAUAUUUGAAGGGUCUGGAAUGAACAAGAAAUUUGAAGGAAAUAUACAAUUACACUGAAAAAGUGAUGCAUUGAAUUUACGUGAUUUAUAUAUUCACAUUAUUUUCAUACAUUAGGUCAAAUUCAGGGGGUGAGGGGUGGACAUGGUCGCCCCACUUUUUGGCAUUACAUGAGACAUUACAGCUUCACUACCUUUUAUUUGCACAAACAUUACGUAAUUAUUAUCUCUCUCGUCCACACAUAUAAUUCUUGUUAAUAAUAUUCUGUUUUUGUGCUUUAUCACUGAUAUCUAAAACAUUAUGUAUCAUUAGAAAAUGUAACUCAUACUUUGUUGACCUCGUUUUAUGUAUAAAAACAUGUGGUGCUAGUUUUGUAUGUAGGCUACAGUCUUUCAAAGUUGCAAGUUAUCAGAUUUGCAUGAAUAAAACAUUUUUCAUCAACACAGAUUUGUCUUUUACUACUUUUGGCAGUAACUGUGUUGGUGUAAUAUGUUUUAUUCAUGUGGUGAGGAUGAUGUACAUAUUUCAAUCAAGUAUAUAAUCACUGUAUAUAUAUAUACAAACUGAAUUUGUGGUUUGUAGCACAUGUCUGGCACAUAACUGGUUAUCAUUUCUGUCAUCAUUUUAGUAAUACCUGAGGCAAAUAUGAAAAAAAAUAUUAGGGAGCAACUGAACAACAUGAAUAUCUCAGUUAAUCACUGUGUAUGUUAUAAUGAUGUAACUCUUCCUCAGUAUUAUACUGACGAGCAGCUCACUAAAUGUCCCUGUUCUAAGGUUCUGGAAACGAAACUGUAUUUGUGGAGAAGAAUGCAGACUUUGGUGUAACGUCCUGGGGAAACAUUCAGGUUUAGCACAGUAGAGGUCAGGUUAAGGGUCAGAGCCAAGAGACAGUAGGAGAAAAAGAUGCUUGUGGUAAAAGGGGUAGUUUAGAUUACAUAGAGGAUUUUGGCCUGGAGAGUCUCACUUGCCUCUACUUUGCUAUGAUGUCUCUGGCAUCUUAGGCCUUAAUCUCAGCUAUGAUAGAACCAGCACACUCAAGUUACCCAACUUAACGUCUACUUUUUUAAACUGAAUCUAGGCUUAAUCCUGGUCUGCCAUUCCUCCACACUACUAGAGUACUGAGUGUUGAUGAAAACCAGACAGGAAAAAAGUUAAGAUAAACUCUUGGAGACGUGUGUCUGUUUGAAUGUUUUAUAUACUGGAAAUGUAACAUCUUUAACUUGUAUUUUCUUUCUGUACCUUUGCACUUUUGGUUUUUGAACGACUAUGAAAAAAUGCGCUUUCAGUAAAACUGUGUCGGUCUACCCUGUGAUGUACUGCACUACGGAGCUUAACGAUCUGUGAACCAUAUUUUACACUGUUACUCUCGUAGCACUUCAACUUACAAUUAAAUGAUGUCAUUUAAGUACCGUC